AUGACUGCACAAGACUGGUCCCGCGCGUUCCACGGCGUCGUCAUCCACACCACAUCGCUCACGAGCCUGACGAUUGUCGAAGACGCGCUCCUCACGGUCUCGCCAAGCGGCCGAAUCGCCUCGCUCGAAGCCGGCGUCCGUCCGGAUCAGGUCCCGUCGAAACUGGCCUUGCUCGAGGCCGCCGCAUGCCCCGUCACAUACCUGCAGCGCGGGCAGUUCCUCAUGCCGGGCUUCGUCGACACGCACCACCACGCUCCGCAAUGGCUGCACCGCGGCCAAGGCCAAGGCCUGCACAUCCUCGAGUGGCUGGACCAAGUGGCCUUCCCCAACGAGGCGCGCUUCGAGGAUGCGUCGCACGCCCAAAGGGUCUACGGCAAGGUGGUGGAGGGCAUGCUGAGGCAGGGCGUGACGACGGCCAGCUACUACGGCUCCAAGCACGGCGCGGCCACCAAGACGCUGGCCGACAUCUGCCUCGCGCGCGGCCAGCGAGCCCUCGUGGGCAAGUGCAACAUGAGCCGCAACGCGCCCGACUACUACCGCGACGCGGACGAGCACGAGUCCCUCGCGGCGACGCUCGACUGCAUCCACCACAUCAGGCGCAUCGACCCCGAGGGCGUGCUGGUGCGCCACGCCCUCACGCCUCGCUUCGCCAUCUGCUGCGAUGCCGGCCUCCUCUCGGGCCUGGGCGACCUGGCCAGGCGCUACCCCGACAUGCCCAUCCAGACGCACUUCAACGAGUCGGAGCAGGAGCGCCGCGCGACCCUCACGCUGUUCCCCGGCUUCUCCAACGAGGCCGACCUCUACCAGCACUUUGGCCUGCUCAACGACCGCUCCAUCCUCGCCCACUGCACCAUCAUGACCGACUACGAGACGCGCCGCCUCGCCCGGCUCGGGUGCGGCGUUGCCCACUGUCCCACGGCCAACAUGACCGUCGGGGGAGGCUUCAUGGCCGCCCCCGUGCGGGACUUUCUGCGCAGCGGCAUCAAGGUGGGCCUCGGCACCGACUCGGGCGGCGGCUACUCGUCGUCCAUGCUCGACGCCAUGCGGCACAGCCUUGUGGCCUCGUUUGCGCGGGACUCCCUGGAUGCGCGGGACGGCACCGCCGCCGUGUCGCUCGACGAGGCUUUCCACAUGGCCACGUUGGGCGGCGCGCAGGUCGUCGGGCGCGACGCCGACGUGGGCAACUUCCAGCCCGGCAAGGCCUUUGACGCGCUGGUCGUCGACGUGCGCGGCGACGCGGGCGGCGUCAACGCGCCGCUCGAGGACGACGACUCGCUGCGCACCAUGCUGGAGAAGUUUGUCAUGACGGGCGACGACCGGAACAUACGGAGCGUCUUUGUCGGCGGAACAAGGGUGCAUGGCGUGUAG